AUGAAGAUGGAAUAUCACGACAAAACAAAACAAUUUCUGGCCUUGGCUCCGGGGCCGCCGCGUAUGUUCGCUCCGCAGACUUCGACGGCUGUCAGUAGGCCAAAAAAGAACUCCACGGCGUGUCUAGCAUGCAAAGCAGCAAAGAGAAAGUGUUCAGGACCAGAUGCGCCAUGUAAGGCUUGUCGAGCGACCAACACUGAUUGCCACUUUGAUCCAACUCGAGACCUCAGACGCAAGGUAGCCGUCAAGCGGACGAUUCAGGAGCUCACAAACCACAAAGAUCUACUAGAAUCUUUGUUAAAAACCCUCAGGUCGGCUGAUCGACAUGAGUUUGAGCAUCUGAUGCGCUUGAUACGUGAUAAGGCUCCAUUGCAGGAUAUUGCCCGUGCUGUUGGUAGCCUCGCCACGAUCUUUGGAGAUCCCCAGGAGCUAUCCAAUGCCACCAAGUUAGCAAUCGCAGAGUAUGGGGAUGGCAUCUUGGAUACUUCGAGCACUGGUGUCAGACGACCGUCGGACCCUAGCAACGCAGGAAGCUCACCAGAAGAUGCCCAACCCAUCAAAACUUCUCAAUGGCCAAAAGUUAGCCCAUAUGCCCGUGUCACACUUGAGAGCCUUUGCGACAUACCCCCGUUUGAGGUGCCGGCAAAGCCGUGGACGGCGAUAACAAAUGAUGAUUACCUGGUCUCACAUCUGGUCUCGCUAUAUUUCACCUGGGACCACCCGUGUUCGCAAUUCCUUGACCAAGGUAUCUUCCUUGAGCAUAUGAAGCUUGGGGAUCGAAGAUCGAAGUUCUGCACUCCGCUUCUCGUCAAUAGCCUCCUGUCAAUGGCUAGUGCCCAUUCUGAUAGCCCAGAUGUUCUCUCGAUCUCCAGAGAUUCACUCUCACGGGGGCAGAGCUUUUUUAACGAGGCACAAAGAUUGUGGGAAGCCGACUGUGAUGAUGAUGGCGAUGAUGAUCGUGAAAUUCCUAAAAUCCAGGCUCUUCUCCUGAUGUGCUGCGUAUUCAAAUACCAGGGGCGAGCCAAGAAAGGCUGGAUGAUGUUGACUCAGGCUAUUCAGUUGGGUCGGGAUAUAGGGCUGGUUGAUGCCCCAGCAGAUUCGCAAAACAAGACGUCGCCCGAGGUAGAACGUGUUCGCACGAUCACUGCCUGGGGAAUUUUCAACCUGAGCUUACAAAUGUCAAUUGAGCUACAAAGGCCCGCCCCCCUGGCGUAUCCCACACCCGGUGUCAAGCUGUGUGGUAGCGAAGAUUUCGAUUGGACCCCAUAUCCUCGUUUAAACAAAAUCACUUACAACAAGAAGCCAGCCCGUCUACCCGAAAUUAGAGAAGGACUGGCCGAAAUCACCAUAAUUUUAGUCGAUGUACAGAAACUCGUUUCCGAUAAACGUCGGCACAUCAGUCUUGAUGAGUUAUGGAGGAAAGCUGAAGAUCCAUUUGAUCGGUUGGCUGCGUGGUUGCAACGUUGGCCGAGCGUCCACGGAAUACAACAAAGCACAGUCCCUCAAGUUCUUCUCCUGCGAAUAAAAUGCCUCCAGGCUAUCAUCCAGUUGUGUGAGAUUCUCAAUGACCCUCAUCAACCACAAUUUGGCCGACAAGCCAAGUACUAUCAGCUUAAAUCGGCUGUGGAAACGGCGCAAUGUCUUAAAAUCCACCGUCAGUUGUAUGGUCUCAAGCAUAUACCCAGCGAGAUGGUCAAUGCCACACAGGCAGGCCUUCGGAUUUUGCUAUACCAACUAGAAGACGGCGACGAUGCCAAACAGGCAUUUGUUGAGUUCUGUCGGUUUGGAAGGGCUCUUGGUCACAGGUUCAAGCAAACAACCGACGUAAUUCAUGAGAUCAGGAAGACUGUGCUGCACCGAAGCCUUCGAUUGCCGUCGGAGGCUAUUGCAAUACUCGAUGAUCGGGAACCAUGGAGGGUACUCGAGCCGUGA